AUGACCACAGCAGUAUUUAUUCGCAAACUUGGAAUAUGUGAAUUCACUCAUACAGAUCAAAAUCUGGAAAAUUUCACUAUUGUAUGGUUUGAUGCUACUAUAGAUCAAACGAAUGAUAAUCUAGACACAAAAGCAAGAUUAAGAACUGUUGUUAAUCAUUUAAGAACAUUUCAUGAUGCUGCUGCUUGCAUUAAGUAUUUGUCGUCGAUAGAAAAUGAAAAAGUGCUCUUAAUUAUAUCUGGUACAUUAGCUGACAUGUAUAUUUCCAUUGUGCACCAACUAGCACAAGUCGAAUUAAUCUACAUUUUCUGUCUCGAUAAGAUCAAAUAUGAAGCAUUGUUGAUCAACAACAAGAUUCGUGGUGUUUUUGCUGAGAAAGAUCCGCUGAUUCUCAAGUUGCAAGAAGAUGCUAAACUUUUUGCACGUGAUAUUAUGCCAAUGAAUGUAUUCUGUUUAGAAAACGAUGAACAUUCAAUUCAUGAUUUAACAAAAGGAAGUGCAUUAUUCCUUUGGAAUCAAUUGUUGAUUGAUGUGUUACUGAAAAUGACGACAAAUGAACAACCAAAGACCGAUCUGAUUCGCGAGUGUCGAUCCUACUACCGAGAUAAUGAUGAAGAACUGAAAAAAAUCGAUGAUUUUCAUUUGUGUUACUCACCUGAUCAAGCGAUAUCGUGA